GAGAAUCAAGAGGUGUUAAAGGAGUUUAUGGCUUUAGAACAUGUGAAACCAGUAGAUGACUGCAGAACUGGCAAAGCACCAGAAAACCAGGAUAAAAACAGAUACCAAGAUAUUCUUCCAUACGAUAAGACACGAGUUCCUCUGGGGGAAAAGAAUGGCUACAUUAAUGCAAGUUACAUUAGAAUGAAAGUUGGAGAAGAGGAACAUUUCUAUAUUAUAACGCAAGGGCCUCUGCCAUCCACUACGGCUGAUUUCUGGCAAAUGGUUUGGGAGAGUGAAUCAGAUGUGGUUGCCAUGAUGACAGAAGAAGUGGAGCUAGGGCAAGUCAAAUGUCAUCGAUACUGGCCUGAACCACCCCAUGACUCUAUAGACCUGGCUAAUUUCUAUCUUCGGCUAGAUAAUCACCAGAUGCUGGAAUAUUUCAUAAUUAGAACAAUAGAAGUUAUCAACAAGCGGACAGAAGAGAAACGCAUUGUAAGUCAUUUGCAGUUUGCCAAUUGGCCAGACCACAGUACUCCCAAACUGGCUGAGCAGCUCGUAAAAUUUAUUUGUUACAUGAGAAAAGUUCACAGUACAGGACCUAUCGUUGCUCACUGCAGCAGUGGCAUUGGAAGAAGUGGAGUUUUGCUGUGUCUUGAAGUUCUGCUCAGCUACAUAGAAAAAGAUCUAUGUUUCAACAUCGAGCAGAUAGUGAGAGAUUUGAGAGAUCAGCGUUUUGGCAUGAUCCAAAGUAAGGAUGAGUAUAUAUUCUGUUAUGAAGUUGUGCUGGAAGUCCUUCAGAACCUUCAAGCAAUGGAUUCCUACUGA